AUGGCAACGGAAUGCAUCGCAACGCUUCCUCAACGAUUCAGUGAAAACAAAACCAAAGAGGAUCCUUCCAUCUUUGAUGCAAAUCUCCUGAAUCAGCAAUCAAACCACAUACCUCAACAGUUCGUAUGGCCCGACCACGAGAAACCUUCCACAGAUGUUCCACUUCUCCAAGUCCCUCUCAUAGACCUCGCCGGAUUCCUCUCCGGCGACUCCUUCUUGGUCUCCGAGGCUACUAGACUCGUCUCGGAGGCUUCCAAGAAACAUGGUUUCUUCCUAGUCACUAACCAUGGCCUCGAUGAGGCGCUCUUGUCUCGUGCAUAUCUGUUUAUGGACACUUUCUUUAAGGCUCCGGCUUGUGAGAGAAAGAAGGCUCAGAGGACGUGGGGUGAGAGCUCAGGUUACGCUAGUAGCUUCGUCGGAAGAUACUCCUCCAGGCUCCCGUGGAAGGAAACGCUGUCGUUUAAGUUCUCUCCCGAGGAGAAUUGUCAUUCCCAAACCAUUAAAGACUUUGUUUCUAAGAAAAUGGGAGAUGGAUACGAAGAUUUCGGAACGGUUUAUCAAGAAUACGCGGAGGCCAUGAACACACUCUCACUAAAGAUCAUGGAGCUUCUUGGAGUGAGUCUCGGAGUCGAGAGGAAACAUUUUAGAGAUUUUUUUGAAGACAGUGAGUCGAUAUUACGAUUGAACUACUACCCACCGUGCAAGCAACCGGAGCUUGCAUUAGGGACAGGACCUCACUGCGACCCAACGUCUCUAACCAUACUUCACCAAGACCAAGUCGAUGGUCUUCAAGUUUUCGUGGACAACCAAUGGCAAUCCAUUCCUCCUAACCCUCGAGCACUCGUGGUGAACAUAGGCGACACCUUCAUGGCUCUGACAAAUGGAAUAUACAAGAGUUGCUUGCACCGGGCGGUGGUGAAUAGUGAGAGAGAAAGGAAGACAUUUGCAUUCUUCCUAUGUCCGAAAGGAGACAAAGUGGUGAAGCCACCAGAAGAAGUAGUAGGAGGUGGUGAAAGAGAGUAUCCUGAUUUUACAUGGUCUAUGUUUCUUGAGUUCACACAGAAGCAUUAUAGAUCAGACAUGAAUACUCUUGACGAGUUCUCAAAUUGGCUUAAGAACAGAAAAAGUUUCUAA